UUCCCCAGGUAGAAUGCCACGUUCCUCACAUCCAUCGCUUCACUAGGUACCGCCUAGUAUCCGGCGUUCGCGCUCGAGGAUCUCUAGAUCUCGUGCGAGGACGAGCCACUCGCGCUCCACAACAUGAACGAUUCCUCACCUCGGCCACAGCAGCGGCCUCGUCGGCGUAAAGGUAAAUUGCUCCACGCACACAUCAUCUGCCGCACCCUCCUCUUCCUGAUCGCCCUAGCAACGCUCGUAAUCUUCAUCUACGUCGCCGUGGAAUUCGGGCCGCAUGACAGCGCAAGACGAUACCCGGUGGCCAUAUCUGCGGCCGCGCUCGCGCUCCCCUUUGACCCCCUCGCACUCCUCAGUUACUUCCGGGGCCCAGCAGAGACCAGGUGGACGAUCGCGCUCGAUAUCAUUGUUGCGAUCCUCGCGAUCAUCGGCGGCGUGACGGUGCUUUUCACCCAUUAUGCCGGGGGAGGACCGGAUUUGAGGCCCUAUGGGUUCGCAGAGAUUGACGGGGUCCCGAUGGCUAUGGCGUUUGUUUUGGGGUGA